GUCAUUUUCAAGAUCCAAUCAACCGUAUAUUGCCUGGCACUUAUGUACUUGUUUCAUCGGUUUCAUAAGCGUACUACGAAUGGUUUUACUACAUAUCACUAAUAUACACGGAUCUGCGAAUGACAGCAUCUUUCGGCUGACAUUCCUUUGUCUUGAAUACUUUCAACUGCAGUCAGAACCAGUGUUCUGCAUGCGUUAUGUCGAGCAAGAGUGUGUGUACUAUCAGACUCAAAUAGCGCACGCAUCCAUAAGUUUCUGGCACGCGGAGCCAUUGUUCACAUAGUCCGUCCAGCAGUCCAUGAUCUCUCCUGGUACCAUUUGGGCCACUGUCGAAGAUCUCAUAAAGAAACCAUCUCUGAAACCUGUCUACAGUACCGCUUUCACGAAACCUACUAUCAGUACGCAACCGCAUUCAAAUGUUAGAGGGCGAGAGUCAUGGCCCCAUCUACACCUUGGACGAGUCUUACUUGGACCUGAAUCUUUGCUGAACGGCUCCUUUGGCUUGCUUGUACGUAUUCGAGAUCAGAAUCGGAUAGAUCCUGUUUUUGGAAAAUGUCUUACUGAGAUCCUCACACCUCGUCUUCCACGUGGCUUGGACGUUUCCAAUGUCUUCGUGCGGUCCAGACUGAGAUGUUGGAUCUACCCACUUUCCUUCAGCCGACUGGAAAGUGUCCAGACUCGGCCUUUCAACUUGCUCUACGAUAGCCCAUACAUUUUUCCAAUAUGGGGCAUGCGUAGACCAGCGCCAAUUCGCAUAAGCAAAGUGAAGCCCAUGUUUGGCGGGUAAAUCACAGAGCUCGCAAAGACCAUUGAAUUAUCGUUGGCGGUC